UGUUACCUAAACAAAAAUUCAAGCACUUAUUAUUUCACAUUUAAAAUUGGAAAAUGUUUUGGUGAGUCGAAACGUUCAUAUUUGCGUGUGUUUCAUAUUUUUUCAAAGCAAUAAAAUACUUCAUCACAUAGAUUAAAAUGGAAAUUUCAACAGGUUAUAUUUAUUACUUUUUGAUCGUUCAAAUAUACUUUGCUCGAGGAUAUAAGAUAUUGGGUAUAUUUCCAUUCCCAGCCAAAAGUCACUUCACCUUCAACAAUGCCAUAAUGAAAAGUCUCAUCGACGCUGGUCACGAUGUCACCGUAGUAACCUCUUUUCCUGACCAAGCAAUGCAGGAAAAUUACACAUCAGUCAUUGAUACUUCGAAAGACGAAAUCAUACAUCUCAGCCAACCCUUCACCACUGUAUUUGCACGAAAUGCCUUCACAAUUCUAGGAAGUGCAAUGAACACCGAGAAGUCAUUUUGUUACAAGAUGAUGAAAUUACCAGAAAUUCAGUUUGCAUUAAAUUCCAACGAGAAAUUAUACGACGUUAUAUUUGUCGAGAUAAUGCUGCUGUAUAAAUGCUUCUUACCCAUAGCUGCCAAACUAAAUAUUCCUGUGAUAGGAACGGAAACAUUCAAACAGAAGAUCAAUGCUGAUAAUUCCAUUGGUAAUCCGAAUCAUCCGGGGUAUAUUUAUUUCGAAGGAGUACCCAAUAAAUGGGAUAAAGAAACUUUUUUGGGACGUUUUAAUAACGUGUGGAAUUACAUCGACGUAACUUUAUAUCAUUAUUUAUACGUGAUUCCUUGUUUAAAAAAAUUCCACCAAGAUCAUUCGCAACUACUCGCUCCCAUAAGUAAAUACAUGCAUAUGGAACCGGAUUUAAUUUUUUUCAAUAACCAUCCCUCGAUAUUAUCCAGACCCUUGGUUCCAAAUGCCAUUGAAAUUGGAGGUAUACACACGAAGCAAGUCAAACCUCUACCUAAAAAUAUCAAAAAAUUCAUUGACGAAGCUGCGCAAGGAGUUAUUCUAUUUUCAAUGGGUUCAUUAGUUAAAGCAGCUACGAUGCCUCUUGAAACAGCAAAUGCUUUCAGAGAAGCAUUCGCAGAGAUCCCUCAAAGAGUGAUUUGGAAGUACGAAGGUCAAAUGGAAAAUGUAUCUGAUAAUGUAAUGCUGUUGGAUUGGUUGCCUCAAAGGGAUAUUUUAGAAGAAAAAAAUGUCAAGGUAUUCAUCAGUCAUUGUGGACAAGGAGGCAUCAACGAAGCCAUUUAUUCUGCCACUCCAAUCAUUAGUUGCGCAGUAUUCGGCGAUCAAUUGACCAACGCCGAUAUUCUGGAGAAAAUGGAAGUAGCAGUCCAGCUCGAUAUAACCAAUGUAUCCAAAAAAGACAUUCUAACAGCAGUAAAUACAAUCAUCAACGACACAAGGUAUCGCAACAAUAUGGAAAAAUUAUCUAAAAUAUUCAAAGAUCGUCCAAUGACACCACAACAAAGCGUCGUAUAUUGGACCGAAUAUAUCAUCAGGCAUAACAGAGCUCCUCAUUUGAAAACUGCGUCUUUACAGUUGAACUGGUUCCAGUAUUUCUUAUUAGAUGUAAUAUUAUAUUUUAUUGUUUUAGUUUUGUUCACAAUUACCUGUCUUAUACAUUAUACUCUCAAGUUAAUCUUACGUCACCUUCACUCUUGUUAUAAGUCUAUACAUAAUUCCCAUUCAUUUCUAUGUAAACGAAACAUCAAAAAUAAAAAACAAUGAAAUGUAGCCCUAGUCCUACAUAUUAUAUGUAAGGACGUAUGUUCCUUCAUAAGAGCUGAAAAACCGAUCCGAUCUCACAUCUUAUUUCCAUUUUUCGAGUACCUCUUCGUACGGUAUGUUUCGUUUUCACUGAUUUCAAAAUGAAGUUUUUACGAAGAAUCCAAUAAGUAAAUCAUCGAAGAGAAAAAACAAACAUCGAGCAUAUACCUACCAUAAAGAAAAGAACGAAUCAUUUAGAUACACAUACGACCAACAACAAUGUCAAUAUCAUUUCCUCAAGCACAUUCUAAAUAGGUACCUAUGCAGCUAUACUAUUCAACAAUAGGUACUUACAAGUUGCACGAUAUCAAAAGAUUUUCCAAGAAUUAUUUGUACAUAAAAUAACACGUUUAAAAAAUGACAUCACAUUGAAAAUUUCUUCUCAAGUAGCCAAACUGUCAAGUGUACGCAGUACGCAUUUGCGUCAAAUCAUCUCGAGUGCUUUCGAAACUGGUGUUUAAAUGAUGCUAUUCUAAUGAUUAUUUAGAAACCUACAUAUUAAGCCUUAGGUACUUGCUGCCUCCCUUCAACAAUAAUUCAUCAUAAUAAAUAUUAUUUCAAGAGCAGAA